AUGAAAAAUUUGUUGCUUCACGUCAGCCAGUCGGCUAUAUUUUUAAUUAUUUUUCAAAACAACUGCAGCAAAACUACAGAUUUUUUGUGUAUUAAUAAUAUUUUAACUUUACAUUACCAUCCAACGAUGGAUUAUAUCGCAUCAGAAAAGGGUGAUACAACAGAAAAUCGGGAUCCUAAUUCUUUAAUAGCAAAUGGCAGCUCAAAGCCAAAUUUAGAAACAAAAUCUAUCGAAAAUGAAGGCCCUCACAUCGAAGCUCCCACCGAGCGUGCGUGCACUUCAGAAUCUGCAGAAGAAUCUGAAGUCUGCGAGAUCCCAGAACAAAUCGAAUUUACUGUAGUUUUUAAUAAAAAUAAACAUGACAUCACAUUUGCAUAUGAUGCUACCGUCUUAGAACUUAAAGCUCACCUAGAGCGAAUAUGCGGCGUUCCCCAAUCUGCUCAAAAACUAAUAAUCAAGGGUAUGGCUAAGGAUAAUGUGACAUUGCGAAGUACUGGUAUAGUCAAAGGUGGGAAAGUGAUGCUUGUUGGAUCUAAAAUGGAUGACAUAUUGGCUGUGAAAAGUGCACCAAAGGAAAUACUUGAAGAAAAGAAUAGUAGUCAGACAAGUAAAGAACCGUUAUGCAUGCAGAAAAUACACAGGAAGGUUCUAGACAAAGGUAUCCCACCUGAUGUGAUGCCGGGAAUCAAAGGAGUGAAGGAGCCGUUGCCCCCAGUGCCAUUAAGUGGAAUGUUAAAUAAACACGGUGGAAAAGUGCGAUUGACUUUCAAACCAGAGCAAGAUCAACUAUGGCUCGGAACAAAAGAGCGCACUGAGAAACUUGCUAUGACAUCCAUUAAAAGUAUAACAUCUGAACCAAUUAAGGAACAUGAAGAGUAUCAUAUCAUGGGUUUACAGUUGGGGCCAACAGAAGCUUCAAGGUAUUGGGUGUAUUGGGUCCCCGCUCAGUAUAUUGAAGCCAUAAAAGAUGCUGUUCUCGGUGUUUGGCAGUUCUUUUAA